AUGAUGCUUGCAAGUUCAGCUGUUGAAAGUGUUGUAUCUGAGUUACGUGGCCAGUAUUUUGGGUGCCCCAUGGACCCAAAAAAUAGCUGCCUAACCGCCAUAGAGGAUGUUGUCCCGACAGAUCGCACUCUGUCGGGGGCAACAUCCGCCACACCACCCGCCUCCAGCGAUACCGCGUCCACGGUCGGUGCUUCUUGCGCCCCCUCAGGCUACCGCCCCAUCUCUGCCGUUGAGCUGUUUGUGAUUAUGAAUCGCAUAGCAAAGCCAAAAACACCCGCAGAAAAAGAGCCGCCGCCCUGGCACAACAGCCGCAAACAGCCUUCCUUUCCGCUGAGUGAACUGCCGCGCUCGGCCAUAGAAGAGGUGAUUGUUCCGCCGGGAGCCCUGCCGGGUGUAGCAACUCAAGAUGUUGCUGCUCCGGCGGAGGCGGCCCCGAAUGGUGUUGCGUCACCAGUCUUGGCUACUCGAGAAGCCAGUGCGCUGCUAAUCGCCCCAACGGACAAUUACAGUGAAGAAGCCGCUAGUGCGCCAGUCCUCGCCGUGCAGGGACUGACUGACAGCGACCACCCAAACCCAACACGGCACCCAACAACGCCAGUGCUACUAGAAAUUCCUGAAGCCAACCUGGGGACACUUCUAUCGGCAGAAAUGUCAAUGGAAGUGCAACAGGCAUCACGGAAACGACCAGCCACCUCUGACUCUGAGGAACAAACCGCAGCAACCGCGCCUGAAGGGCGCCAAACAAAAAAGAAGGCUGCUGCUGCAGACGCCCCCACAGCGCCCCCUGCAGCCGAGGAAGACGGUUUUACCGUACCAAACCGGCGGCACACUGCCAAGCCCAAAAGGCUUGAGAAGGUGCUCCCCCCACCUCCAGCCACAUCAAAUCGGUUCGCAGAGGCGACCGAAGAUGUCAUGGAAGCGGAACCCGCCGCCCCAGCACGUAAACAGGCACGCCCCCCUCCAGUAGUCGUGACGUGGGACGACGAGUUCAUGGACCUCCGUCGCAUGAGUAAAGAAGUGGUGGAAAAAUCUUACGAGCAGGGCGGACGAACGCCGCACUGUGGGAAUCUGGCCGGCCAGUCACUGCUUCGUGCAGAAGUUGCUGAGUGGUUGGUCAAUAGUUAA